AUGUCAGUAGGUUCCUCCGCCCAUGGAUCACGCGUUCUUUCUUCACUCGUUUUUGUGUGCAGACACGAUAUGAUUCCCAUUGUAUUGGGCGCCUUUAAGGACGACUACGAAAGCUCGUUGCCUCCGCACUCGUACAUCAAUGUGGAUGACUACAAGUCGAUUCAUGAUUUGGCCAACUACUUGCUCUACUUGGACAAAAACGACACUGCCUAUGCGGCCUACUUCGCCUGGAAGGAGCAUGGGAGAUUUUGCGUAAGUCUUUGGUCUUUGUCUACAUCAACACUGUGUGUCCCACCUGACACCACGCCAACAGCCCUCACUUUCUCUAUCACUUGGUUUACUCUUUUACCCUUUCGCCCAUUUUCCCAUUUCACCCUUCCUCCUAUCCUCCACCCACUCCUUCCUCCAUUCGUGCAUCCGCCCACUCACUCGCCGCAUCACUCACAUCUCUGCACUACCACCUCCUCCUAUUCCUCUGACGCCUCCGCCUGCACUUCCACCUCCUCAUUCUCCUCCUGCUCUUCCACACACAUACACAUGCGUCUCCAACUGCAUAUGCAACUGCCAUAUGGCAUAGGGCAUCAUGGCAUUAAGUUGAUAGCAAUUGAUUCGUAUGGCCGUGUGGAGGAGGAGAGGAGUACAAAGGAGGCCAGCAACACUGAGGAUUCCCAGCUGGUCACCCAUGCAAGUACUAAUUCGGUCCGACGUCGCUUAACUUCGGUGAUCGGGUGA